GUGCAGACAGGCUGAUGAGUCGAGCAGGAGAGCGGAUAAGCCCUGAUCGCGGCGUGUUGUUGUUGCAGCGUCAUUCUGUCUGUUUGAAUGGACUUGUAGCAGCCCUCUCCUCAUCAUUUCACCGCUGGACCACGACUGUGCACAAACUAAAGAGUUUAGAGACACACUGAGCCCUAAACAUGCCGGUGUUUACAGUGAACGUGAAAUGGGGCAAAGAGAAGUUUGACGCGGUGGAGCUGAACACAGAGGAGCCGCCGGUGGUGUUCAAGGCUCAGCUGUUCGCCCUGACCGGAGUCCACCCAGAGAGGCAGAAGGUGAUGGUGAAGGGAGGCACGCUCAAGGACGAUGAGUGGGGCAACAUUAAAAUCAAAAACGGGAUGACCCUGCUGAUGAUGGGCUCCGCUGAUGCUCUUCCUGAAGCUCCCUCAGAUCGACCCAUGUUUGUGGAGGACAUGACUGAGGAGCAGCUCGCCUCCGCUAUGGAGUUGCCGUGCGGUCUCACAAAUCUGGGCAACACUUGUUACAUGAACGCCACGGUGCAGUGUCUGCGCUCUGUGCCGGAGCUCAAGACUGCUCUCAGACGGUAUUCAGGUGCUCUGAGAUCUUCAGGGGCCAACGCACCAUCAGAAUACAUCACAGCAGCUCUGCGUGAUCUGUAUGAGACGAUGGACAAGACCUCCUCCAGCCUUCCCCCCAUUAUCCUGCUGCAGUUCCUCCACCUAGCCUUCCCGCAGUUCGCUGAGAAGGGAGACCAAGGACAGUACCUCCAGCAGGACGCCAAUGAGUGCUGGCUGCAGAUGAUGAGGGUCCUUCAGCAAAAGCUCGAGCCGCUAGAGCCAGAGACGUCCAUGGAGGUUGACUCUGGAAGUGGUGCUGCCUCUGCCUCAUCAAAGAAGAAUUUUAUCGAUCAGUAUUUUGGUGUAGAGUUUGAAACUUCUAUGAAAUGUACAGAGUCUGAGGAGGAGGAGCCGAUCAAAGGCAAAGAGAGCCAGCUCCAACUCAGCUGCUUCAUCAACCAAGAAGUCAAAUAUCUGGCAACAGGACUUAGAUUGAGGCUUCAAGAAGAAAUCACAAAAAUGUCUACAACCCUGGAUAGAAACGCACUGUACAUAAAAUCUUCUAAAGUUAGCCGACUUCCUGCCUAUAUGACUGUUGAGAUGGUUCGCUUUUUCUACAAGGAGAAGGAGUCUGUGAAUGCUAAAGUCCUAAAGGAUGUCAAAUUCCCGCUCAUGCUUGACGUCUAUGAGCUGUGCACCUCAGAGCUCCAAGAGAAAAUGCUUCCAAUCAGAUCCAAGUUUAAGGACAUGGAGGACAAGAAGCUUGAGAAACAACAACAACAGAAGGUGUUAAUGAAAUCCGAUGCCAAAAAAGAAGUGAAAUAUGAGCCUUUCUCUUUCCCCGAUGACCUGGGCUCAAACAACAGCGGUUACUACGACCUGCAGGCUGUGCUCACUCACCAGGGCCGCUCCAGCUCCUCCGGGCACUACGUGGGAUGGGUCAAGAGGAAAGAAGAUGAGUGGGUGAAGUUUGACGACGACAAAGUGAGCGUGGUGUCUCCAGAGGACAUCCUGAGACUGUCGGGAGGAGGGGACUGGCACAUAGCAUACGUCCUCCUGUACGGCCCACGCAGACUCGAGGUACUGGACCAGGAGCAGUAACUGAUCUCACACAGACCCCACCGUCACCAUCACGGCCAUUUCCAAGCACUGUCUCCACAUGUGCAAUACAACCGGUGUCUUUAAACAGUCGAUUACCUUAAUUUUGAUUUUUUUUUUUUUCUUUUUUUUUGUAACCUGCGCAAAUGCUUGUAAAAGAAAUUGUCCUAUGUUGUUAAAUAUUAAACUAUUGUGGGCUUUGACAAAUUUGAGGCACUCUCUGGACUGUAGCCUUUAAGAAGGUUUUUAAGUCUAUCUUUGCAAUUUCAUUAAAUGUUUUAUACACAUUGU